AUGGCUUUCGGUGCUCCAAGAGGUAGAGGUGGUCCAUCCAGAGGUGGAUUUGGCGGUGGCCGUGGCGGUGCCAGAGGUGGUUUCGGUGGUGGCCGUGGUGGUGCCAGAGGUGGCUUUGGUGGUGGCCGUGGUGGUGCCAGAGGUGGUUUCGGUGGUGGCCGUGGUGGUGCCAGAGGUGGUGCCAGAGGCGGUGGUGCCAGAGGCGGUGCCAAGGUCGUCAUCGAACCUCACAGACACGCCGGUGUCUUCAUUGCCAGAGGUAAGGAAGAUUUGUUGGUCACCAAGAACUCUGCUCCAGGUGAAUCUGUCUGUGGUGAAAAGAGAAUCUCUGUUGAAGAGCCAGCCAAGGAAGAAGGUGAAGCCCCAACCAAGGUCGAAUACCGUGUCUGGAACCCUUUCAGAUCCAAGUUGGCUGCUGGUAUUAUGGGUGGUAUCGAUGAAUUAGGUAUUGCUCCAGGUAAGAAGGUUUUGUACUUGGGUGCUGCUUCUGGUACUUCCGUCUCUUACGUUGCUGAUGUUGUCGGUCCAGAAGGUGCCGUCUACGCCGUUGAAUUCUCUCACAGACCAGGUAGAGAGUUGAUCGGUAUGGCCAAGAAGAGACCUAACGUGAUCCCAAUCAUUGACGAUGCUCGUCACCCACAAAAGUACCGUAUGUUGGUUGGCAUGGUUGACGUUGUGUUUGCCGAUGUUGCCCAACCGGAUCAAGCCCGUAUUAUUGCAUUGAACUCCCACUUGUUCUUGAAGGACCAAGGUACCGUUGUUAUCUCCAUCAAGGCCAACUGUAUUGACUCCACCGUGGACGCUGAAACCGUGUUCGCCAGAGAAGUGCAAAAGUUGAGAGAAGAAAGAAUCAAGCCUUUGGAACAAUUGACCUUGGAACCAUAUGAGAGAGAUCACUGUGUUGUCGUUGGUCGUUACAUCAGAAGUGGUUUGAAGAAGUAA